AUGGCCAGCCUGCUAAUGGAUUUUAAUGCCCAGGCCUGGCGGCAGUUGGCAAGCCCACAGGAGGAGGGGGGCUCGGAGCGGCGGCAAACAGCCCCACCCACCUCCCAAAGGCCCGCUGCCUUUCCCGGAUCCCCCAAGCCCCGAGGGAGCGCAGGGCCCCGAGAACGCGCCCGGCCCGAAGGGUCACCAGACCCCGGACCCACCCCAUCACCUCAGUCCCCCGCCCCCGACCGGGGCUCGGGGUCAGAGGAUGGACAAGAGAAGCCUUUGUGGGCGCUCGGCUUGAGCCCUGGAGCGCCGCGGACCCGGGACUGGCCGGGCCCCGCCGGGGAGAAGCAACUGUUAAUGACAAAUAUUUUCGGGGGGCGGCCCAGGGCGGGGUCUCGGAGCGCGGGGGGAGGAGGGGCUGUUUUGCAUAUUGAGCAGUCGGCGCCGCUGCUGCAGAGCUGUCCCGGGCUCGGGCCGGGACUGGAGCGAAGCCGGGCUCGCUGGGGUCCGCAGGAGGCGGGGGCGCCGGGGCCCCUGGAUGUCCCGGAGAGCGGCGGCGGCCCCCGAGACGAGCAGAAGGAGCGCACCCCCCUGGUCACAGAGCCGGCCGUGCGGGACCCAUGCCCCUGCCUGCGCCUGGUGUCCCUGUGUGCCCGCGAGAUGGGUUGGGGGACUCUCUCCCCUUGGAAGUGGAGCUUGGCGACUGUGUCCCUGUGUGUGGCCGGCUGUGAGACAGGACGGAGGAAUUGGAGGAAAUAUCUUUCAGGCUCCACCCAGCUCCUUUCUCCAGCUCAUGGAGAAGUAGGGGGUGAGGAGGAUGGAGGGGGUGAAGAGCAAGGAGAGGGCCAGAGCCGGAGGGGUGGAGCUCGGGCCGAGGGGAGGUGGGAGCCGGGAGCCGGCUGCCCGGGGCUGGAGGUGCCACCUCUGCCCCUUCUGCCCUCUCCCCAGUACCUGGGUCACGUAGAGGUGGAGGAAUCCCGAGGGAUGCACGUGUGUGAAGAUGCCGUGAAGAAACUGAAGGCGACUGGGCGGAAAUCUGUGAAAUCUGUGCUGUGGGUGUCGGCAGAUGGGCUGCGUGUGGUGGAUGACAAGACCAAGGACCUGCUGGUGGACCAGACCAUCGAAAAGGUCUCAUUCUGUGCCCCCGACCGAAACCUAGACAAAGCCUUCUCCUAUAUCUGCCGGGACGGCACCACUCGGCGUUGGAUCUGCCAUUGUUUCUUGGCACUCAAGGACUCGGGCGAGCGGCUGAGCCACGCCGUGGGCUGCGCCUUUGCCGCCUGCCUGGAGAGGAAGCAGAGGAGGGAGAAGGAGUGCGGGGUCACAGCCGCCUUCGAUGCCAGCCGCACCAGCUUUUCCCGCGAGGGCUCCUUCCGCCUCACCGGGGGCAGCCGGCCCGCUGAGCACCAGCUUUCAGAGAAGAAGAAAGCAGAGGCAGCCGCCGUGCCCACCGUACCUGCUCCAGGCCCUGCCCAGCCAGGCCACAUGUCCCCAACCCCCGCGGCCACGUCGCCUGGGGAGAAGGGGGAAGCGGGUGCGCCGGGGCCGGCCCCCCCGGGCCCCGCGGCUGCUGCCAUCCCCCGGCGCCACGCGCCCCUGGAGCAGCUGGUGCGCCAGGGAUCCUUCCGAGGCUUCCCCGCCCUCAGUCAGAAGAACUCGCCCUUCAAAAGGCAGCUGUCCUUGAGACUCAAUGAGCUGCCCUCCACCCUACAGAGGCGCACUGACUUCCAGGUCAAAGGCACAGUGCUGGAGAUGGAGCCCCUGGGGGCCAGUGACAGUGACGGCAUCAACGCCCUAUGCUCGCAGAUCAGCUCCUCCUUUGCCAACGCGGGCACCCCUUUGGCGGGGGCCCAGCCCGUGGCCGCAGGGACAGCCACCUGGACUGAGCCCAGCCUGCCCGCGCCCCCGCCCGGACACAAGCGGACGCCCUCGGAGGCCGAGCGGUGGCUGGAGGAGGUGGCCCAGGUGGCCAAGGCUCAGCAGCAGCAGCAGCAGCAGCAGCAGCAGCAGCAGGGGCUGCCCGGGCCCCGGCCCCCCGCUGCGCCCACCUCCCUGCCCCCAGCUCUUCAGCCCUUCCCCGCCGCGCCCGCCCCCAUGGCGGUUUUCCUGCCCGCCCCCCACAUGCAGCCUGCCUUUGUGCCCACCUACCCAGGCCUGGGCUACCAGCCGGUGCCCCGGGUGCCCGUAGUGGGCAUCACGCCUUCCCAAAUGGUCGCCAACGCUUUCUGCUCUGCUGCUGCCCCCUCGGCCACCCCGCUCCAGCCAGCCACCCUGGCUGGGAAAGCUGCCCCCUGUCCCCCGGCCCCGCCCCCGCGGCCCAACGGGGCCCCCUGGCCCCCCGAACCCGGGCCCUCCCCGGCCCCCGAGGCGGACCCCUUCGAGGCUCAGUGGGCCGCGCUGGAGGGAAAGCCGCAGCCCGAGCGGCCGUCCAACCCCUUUUCCGGAGACCUCCAUAAGACUUUUGAGAUUGAACUGUAGCCGGGGGGGCCGGGCCCGUGGGCGCCCUCGCUCCAGCCCAAGUCUUCUGUACAUCUCCCCCCGAACCGGCUCCGUACUCCCUGGGGCCUCCCACCCUCAGUCUCCUCUCCCUCCUCCCCACUUCUGUCCAAAGGGAAGAGUUCAUAUCCGGGUCAUGGGUGGUAAAGGAGGACGUAAUUCAGGGAUGGGCCCAUGUCACUGCCCCUUGGACACAGAACUGGCCUAGCACUGCCCCCCCUCCCUCCUGAGGCCCUGGGCUGGGCCGUGGCCCUCUCCCCCUGUUUCCCCUCACAGAUCAGUUACUUUCUUCUCCCUGCUGCCCUGAGCUGGGGUGGAGAGGUGGGGUGUGCGAGGGAGCACCCGCCCCUGGGGUCCACGCCCGAGCACAAGACAAGGGCCCCCAGCCCACCCCACUGCCACUGCCAAUGCCCGGGGGACGUCCGGCCGGCCCUCCCGCCCGGGGCUGGGGGUGAGGGAGGAGGAGAGGGGCCUGCACAGAGCCUGGGCAGGUUGGGGAACGCUGCUCAGUUACCUCACUUCUGUGCCCGUCGCCGAGGGAACGGGGGGGCAGGGACCGGAUGCUCGGCGGGCACAGGGACUGUGCCCGUCGCCGCCUGGACUUUUCUAUCUUUUAUCUCCAAUUUUUUUUUUUUUUGUAUCUAAACCUGCAGAUUUGUAUUAUACCAUGAGAGCCAAUAAAGAAAGAAUAUAAAGGAGCUUUGGGGGGUGGGGC